UCGCGCCACCUAGUGCGUUGUUUGCUCGCUUUGUGGGAAGUUUUGUUUUCAGCAGCAUGCAAGUGUUUUUGUGAGUAAUUGAGUAAUUAUCAACGAUGCACAAUUGCGUGUACCUGGAAUCGAAUCUGUGAACGUCUCUCAUGUGAACGAAGGAGCUAAAUAAUGUGGUGUGCCAGUGAUCGACAUCCGCCGAGCGUGCACCGAUCGAGACUGUAAUGCAAGAUGAGUUCCGAAGACCAGGCUCGCCUCAAAGGCUUUGUCAUUCCAGGCAAAAAGAGAGUAGCUCCGACAGCGAGUGGUCCUGAUGUCAAAAAGCCAAAGCCUGCAAAGGAGGGUGGGGACCGCUUCUGCUGGAUCUGCCACCGGGAACCGUCGUCACUGUGGUGUGACACGUGCCCACGUAGCUACCAUGCUUCCUGCGUCAACCUCAAGGUCAAGAGCCUCACUGAGUGGGUCUGCCCCGAGUGUGUGCGUGUCAUGGCUGCCGAGAAUGUGGACACACGCUCUGCCUCCCUCUCACUACUCACAGUGGAUGAGUUCUGCAGUCUCCUUCAGUUUGCCAUACAGAGGCUCAAGCAGCACACGCAUGAAGCUUUCUUAAAGCCUGUCUGCACGAAGACUUACACAUCAUACACCAAGUAUGUUAGUCACCCUUUCGACCUCAGUAUACUUGAAAAGAAUGUGAGGUGGAAGCACUAUGGCUGUACUGAAGCAUUCCUCAGUGACGCCCGAUGGAUUUAUCACAACUGUAUUAUAUUUAAUGGGUAUAACCACAAGCUUUCCAUGAGUGCCAAGGUGUUGAUGAAGGUGUGCAAGCAGGAGAUGGAAGACAUUGAGGUGUGCCCGGACUGCUACAAGAAUGCCAAUACUCAAGAGUCGUGGUUCACUGAACCCUGUAGAAGACCCCAUCUUCUGGUUUGGGCAAAGUUGAAAGGAUUUCCCUAUUGGCCUGCAAAGGCAAUGCGUCUUCAAGAUGGCAACAUUGAUGCCAGGUUUUUUGGUGCUCAUGAUAGGGCGUGGGUCCCCAUGGCCCAGUGCUUUCUGCUCUCUAAGGAGUCCCCGACGGACAUCAAGAAUCGCAAGAAGGGCCUCCACAAUGCUGUUGAGGAGCUGGAAAUCUACAUCCAGAAGUACCGCAAGAAGUUUGGCGAGUAUCGCUACAGCGCGCUCCGGACUACACUGACGGCUGAAGAUUUUCAGUGCUCCCAGGCAUCGCCCCCACCAGUGAAACACCAGCAACAAGAUGAACAGAAGGAGAAGGAGAGUGAAACAUCAAGCAAGUCUCCGAAAACAGAGGACAGUGAGCUUAGUUCAGCUCCAUCACUGGAUCCGCUCGAGAAGAACGUGCAGAGCGACACAACCAGCUCCUUGAAAGACAAGUCCAUGGCCGGUUCCACAAGGGACUCGCAGAGUGACACGCCAAACUCGUCAAAAUACAAGUCGGUAACCAGUUCGGCGAGUUCCACUCCCACGAGAGCAGAUCCAAGAAAAGAAACUGAGCUCAUCACGCCACUGCCUUCUCCCAGAAAGGAGACAUCGCUGGUGAAAGAAGAAAAGGGGGCACUAGUGCCACUUCCUGAUGGUGCACCGCAGGGGAUCUUUGAGGUUAGUUCCGAACUGCCGGGAGAACUGCAGAUGAAAGUCUCCAAAGAGGACAUGGAAGACCUUCCAAAGAUGAUGAACCGCAAAUUCGAAAGCCUGGUCAGCGCAUUGAAGAAGAUUGAACGCUCCAUCAGCAGUGACAGGAGCAAUUCUACUCCAGAUGCUGAAGAUGAGAACAGCAGUGACAACCGAACCGUGGCUUCGGCAGCCGGCAGCAUCCCAAAGAGUGGUCAGAGCCCGUCGUCAUGCGAGGUCUCAAGCACGACCGUGACGACCGACCAGGGUGAAGUGCCGUCCAGCCAGUUUGCCGCAAAAGAGCCACCCUCUACCGAAGAGCAGCCUUUAGCUCCAGCUGAUGAUUUCCAAGAGAAGCUUAAAAAGACAAUCCUCUCCUGCAAGGAGAAGGUAGGAGGCACUACCACCCUUCUAGAGGAGCCUGCUGAUGAAGAAGAGGAGAUGGAUGAAGAAGAGGAGGAGGUAGAUGACGAAGAAGAUGAGGAGGAGGAAGGAGUAGCGGAGGAAGCAACGGUGGAAAACGAGGCUGUGGACACCAGGCAACCCAAGGAGACUAGAGCUGAUGGCAUUUCAUCAAAACAACAGCAGCAGGCAGAGAAAGAUGCGGCUGUGCCUGAAAACAAACAUUCGCCACCAGAGCCACCAGAAGCCGCAGCUGCAGAGGAGGGAAAAUCAGAUGUGGAGGAUCCGGAAAAACCUGCUCCGUCUGCAGACAUGGUGGAAGACGAAGAGCAGCUUGCAAAAGUGUCAAAACCACCAGGCCGGGCUAAGAUGAAAUUCACGACCAAACGAAGUGAGCUCGACCCUCUGUCAUCACAGCCUCCUUCCAGUGGAACGACCACACCAACUCCUGUCCAACCUGUCAACCUGGACGAAGUGCAAAGGCCAUGUUCCGCUGAACCAAAAGGGGAAGACGACCCCAGCACCAAACUGUACAGCACAAGAAAUGAGCCUCUUGAUCAUAAGUUUGAAUUGCUCACUAAGCAUUCAUGUGCAGAAGAUGAAAGUGCUCUUGUAAAAAGGCAGCACGAAAUAAAUCAGAAGCUCAAGGAACAGCUGGAGCAAGCAAGUGUUUUGGUUGCAGCACUGAAACAUCAGCUAGAUGACACCAAGAAAGGGCGGGCUGAUGCACUUAAGGAGGAAUCAUGUACAGAAAAGACGUCUGAAAUUGUACAGAAAGCUGCAGAAAGCAUUGAGCGCAUCAGGCAAGAAUGCAAGGAAGAGAUGCUGGAAUACCACCAUAUCCUUGCUCUGACCCUAAAGGAAAUGAGAAUAUGCAUAGAUCUCGAACAUAAGAAAACAAGAGCAUCUCUUAUUGAGAAGCAUGCGGUAGACAUGGCUGCUGCUAUAUCGGAAACGAAACGAAAACAGUGGUGUGCUAACUGCUGGAAAGAAGCAGCGUUGUACUGUUGUUGGAACACCUGCUACUGCGACUACCCCUGCCAGCAAGCUCACUGGCCAAAGCACAUAGCAAGCUGCACCCAGGCAAAUAAUUCAAGCCAGCAAAAUGCAGGAGUUAUAUUGAACAAUGGCCCCACUAUCGCCGAGCUCUCUCUGUCUGCAGGCAAAGGAGCCACUUCCAUGUUGGUGCCUACUGGUGGCUUCCCAGCCUCUACACAUACUAUGGGAGGCCUUCCAUUUGAUCCUGUUGAAUAAAGAAGUUGGCUUUUUAUGUA